AUGCGGGCUCAAGUGUCUGUGAUCCUCCCCGUCCACAAUGCUGAGCCCUGGUUGGACGAGUGCUUGAGGUCUGUUUUGCAGCAGGACUUCGAAGGCGCCAUGGAGCUCUCGGUUUUUAACGACGCCAGUAAGGACAAGUCUAUGGCUAUCAUUGAAAAAUGGAAAGUGAAGCUAGAAGGCUCUGGUAUCCUCGUGGUAAUUGGGGGGCACGAUUCCCCUUCUCCCAGAGGAGUCGGAUAUUCUAAAAACAAAGCAAUAGCACAGAGCUCAGGAUCUUACCUGUGCUUUUUGGAUUCGGACGAUGUGAUGAUGCCGCAGAGGGUGAGGCUGCAGCUCGAAGCCGCCGUCGGGCACCCAACAAGCAUCAUAGGCUGCCAAGUGAGGAGAGAGCCCCCUAACUCCACAGAGCGGUACACGCGCUGGAUCAACCAGCUGGCGCCUGAGCAGCUGCUCACUCAGGUCUUCACCUCCAAUGGCCCAACUGUGGUCAUGCCCACCUGGUUCUGCUCCCGAGCGUGGUUUUCUCACGUGGGCCCAUUCGACGAGGGCGGGCAGGGCGUGCCCGAGGACCUGCUGCUGUUCUACAACCACCUCCGGGCAGGCGGCGGCGUCCGACGGGUGGACCAGAGACUGCUCCUCUACCGCUACCACCCCGGCGCCGCCACGCACUCCGUGCUCGAGACCACCAUCUGGACUCACCGUGUUCGCUUCCUGGAAGAGAGGGCUUUGCCACACUGGGCAACCUUCACCAUCUGGAAUGCUGGCAAGCAGGGCCGCCGGCUCUACCGCAGCCUUACAGCAGGGUCGCGGCACAAGGUGGUUGCCUUUUGUGACGUAGACGAGAACAAGAUCAAGAAGGGCUUUUACUGCUACGAGGACUCUCAGGAAAGGCCCAAGCCCCGGGUGCCCAUCCUGCACUUCCGAGCCGCCCGCCCGCCCUUCGUCAUCUGCGUGAAGCUGGACCUUACUGGAGGUGCAUUUGAGGACAACCUGAGGUCGCUGCACCUGCAGGAGGGCCGGGACUUCCUCCACUUCAGCUGA